GUUUGUCAAGGGACAAAUAACAAGCUGACACAGCUGGGGCAUGUGGAGGACCAUUUCACCAGCCUGCAGAGGAUGUAUAACAACUGCGAGGUGGUCCUGAGCAACCUAGAGAUUACGUACGUGGAGCACAAUCGUGAUCUCUCUUUCCUGAAGACUAUACAGGAGGUUGCGGGCUACGUGCUCAUUGCACUUAACAUGGUGGAUGUAAUUCCCCUAGAAAAUCUUCAGAUCAUCCGAGGCAAUGUGCUUUAUGACAACUCUUAUGCUCUGGCAGUUUUAUCCAACUACCACAUGAAUAAAACCCAAGGACUCCGUGAACUGCCAAUGAGACAGCUAUCAGAAAUUCUCAAUGGAGGUGUUAAAAUCAGCAAUAACCCCAAAUUAUGCAACAUGGACACUGUCCAGUGGAAUGACAUCAUUGACACAAGCAAAAAUCCUCCAACGGUGCUUGAUUUUGCAAGGAACCUGUCCUCUUGUCCCAAAUGCCAUCCGAACUGUACAGAGAAGUACUGCUGGGGCCCUGGUGAAGAGAACUGCCAGACACUAACAAAAGUCAUCUGUGCCCAGCAGUGCUCCGGACGGUGCAGGGGAAAGGUGCCCAGUGACUGCUGCCAYAACCAGUGUGCUGCUGGGUGUACGGGGCCUCGGGAGAGCGACUGUCUGGCAUGUCGCAAGUUCCGGGAUGAUGCCACCUGCAAGGACACAUGUCCCCCAUUAGUCCUGUACAAUCCUACCACCUACCAGAUGGAUGUCAACCCCGACGGAAAGUACAGCUUUGGAGCCACGUGCGUGAGGGAAUGUCCUCACAACUAUGUGGUGACGGACCACGGCUCCUGUGUUCGCUCGUGUAAUACUGAUACUUAUGAAGUGGAAGAAAAUGGUGUUCGGAAGUGUAAAAAAUGUGACGGGCUGUGCAGCAAAGUGUGCAAUGGCAUUGGGAUUGGUGAGCUUAAGGGAAUUCUUUCCAUAAAUGCCACAAACAUUGACUCCUUCAAAAACUGUACCAAGAUCAAUGGAGAUGUCAGCAUACUCCCAGUUGCAUUUCUAGGUGAUGCCUUCACCAAGACACUACCUCUCGACCCUAAGAAACUGGAUGUCUUCAAAACAGUCAAAGAAAUAUCAGGAUUUUUGUUGAUUCAGGCUUGGCCUGAAAAUGCUACUGAUCUCUAUGCUUUUGAAAAUCUGGAGAUUAUACGAGGCAGAACCAAGCAACAUGGCCAGUACUCCCUUGCAGUUGUUAAUUUGAAAAUUCAGUCGUUAGGGCUGCGCUCCCUUAAGGAAAUCAGUGAUGGAGAUGUUGCCAUUAUGAAGAACAAGAACCUCUGCUAUGCGGACACGAUGAACUGGCGCAGUCUGUUUGCAACUCAGAGUCAGAAAACAAAAAUAAUACAGAACAGAAAUCAAAAUGAGUGUGCUGCUGCUCAGCAUGUUUGUGACCCCCUGUGCUCAGAUAUAGGCUGCUGGGGCCCUGGGCCCUUCCACUGCUUCUCCUGCAAAUAUUUUGGCCGCCAGAAGGAGUGUGUGAAAGAGUGCAAUAUCCUGCAAGGGGAGCCCCGGGAGUUUGAAAGAGACUCAAAGUGCCUCCCAUGUCACCCCGAGUGCUUGGUGCAAAACUCCACCAUGUACAACGCCACCUGCACUGGACCUGGCCCAGACAACUGCAUGAAAUGUGCCCACUUCAUAGAUGGCCCUCACUGCGUGAAAACCUGUCCCGCGGGGGUGCUGGGAGAGAACGAUACCCUCGUCUGGAAAUACGCCGACGGAAACUCCGUCUGCCGGCUCUGCCAUCCCAACUGUACCCGCGGGUGUAAAGGGCCCGGUCUUGAAGGCUGUCCAAACGGCUCCAAAAUCCCCUCCAUCGCAGCUGGUGUGGUCGGAGGCCUCCUGUGCCUCGUCGUGGUCGGCUUGGGCAUYGGCCUCUACGUGCGCCGGCGCCACAUCGUGCGGAAGCGGACCCUGCGCCGGCUGCUCCAGGAGAGGGAACUCGUCGAACCUCUGACACCCAGCGGAGAGGCACCAAACCAGGCUCAUCUGAGAAUUUUAAAGGAAACUGAAUUUAAGAAGGUCAAAGUUUUAGGUUCGGGAGCUUUUGGCACUGUUUAUAAGGGACUUUGGAUCCCUGAAGGGGAAAAGGUGAAAAUUCCUGUUGCUAUUAAAGAGUUGAGAGAAGCUACAUCACCCAAAGCCAACAAGGAAAUACUUGAUGAAGCUUAYGUGAUGGCUAGUGUGGACAAUCCUCAUGUCUGCCGCUUGCUGGGGAUCUGCCUCACUUCCACCGUGCAGCUCAUCACGCAGCUCAUGCCGUACGGCUGCCUCCUCGACUACAUCCGCGAGCACAAGGACAACAUUGGCUCCCAGUACCUCCUCAACUGGUGUGUGCAGAUCGCAAAGGGAAUGAACUACUUGGAAGAGCGUCGCCUGGUGCACCGCGACCUUGCCGCCAGGAACGUCCUCGUCAAAACUCCUCAGCACGUGAAAAUCACCGACUUCGGGUUGGCCAAGCUGCUUGGUGCUGAUGAGAAAGAGUAUCAUGCGGAGGGAGGCAAGGUUCCUAUUAAAUGGAUGGCUUUGGAGUCAAUUUUACACCGGAUCUACACUCAUCAAAGUGAUGUCUGGAGUUAUGGUGUGACUGUCUGGGAGCUCAUGACAUUUGGGUCCAAGCCAUAUGAAGGGAUCCCUGCCAGCGAAAUUUCCUCAGUCUUGGAGAAGGGCGAGCGUUUGCCUCAGCCCCCGAUCUGUACCAUCGACGUCUACAUGAUCAUGGUCAAAUGCUGGAUGAUUGAUGCCGAUAGCCGUCCCAAGUUUCGCGAGCUCAUAGCGGAGUUCUCCAAAAUGGCCCGAGACCCUCCACGCUACCUCGUUAUACAGGGAGAUGAAAGGAUGCACUUGCCCAGCCCUACGGAUUCCAAGUUUUAUCGCACCCUGAUGGAAGAGGAAGACAUGGAAGAUAUAGUAGAUGCAGAUGAAUAUCUUGUUCCACACCAGGGAUUUUUCAACAGCCCCUCAACAUCYCGGACUCCGCUUCUGAGUUCAUUGAGUGCUACCAGCAACAAUUCUGCCACAACCUGUAUUGACAGAAACGGGCAGGGACACCCAGUGAGGGAAGACAGCUUUGCCCAGAGAUAUAGUUCAGACCCGACAGGCGCGUUCUUGGAGGACAGCAUAGACGAUGGCUUCCUGCCUGCACCAGAGUAUGUAAACCAGUUGAUGCCCAAGAAAGCAUCUGUGGCAGUGGUCCAGAAUCCAAUCUACAACAACUGCUCUGUCUCAGGAAACUCCACGGACUCGGGCUACCAGAAUUCCCACAGCACAGCCGUGGACAACCCUGAGUAUCUCAACACCAGCCAGUCUCCUCUGGGCAAGACAGUCUUCGAGAGCUCUCCAUACUGGAUCCAGGCAGGCAAUCACCAAAUAAACCUGGACAAUCCUGACUAUCAGCAGGACUUCCUGCCRAAGGAAAGCAAACCUAAUGGUCUUUUGAAAGUUCCUGCAGCAGAAAACCCAGAGUAUUUAAGGGUAGCAGCACCAAAAAGUGAAUACAUUGAAGCCUCAGCAUGACCAUAGAGAAUUACUUCUUGCAGCGAGGCAAGCCAGACUCUUGGUGAAGCACCUGGCUGCUGCAAGAACAGACUCUGCACAGAGCAAAUGGCAACUGCAUCAGCCAGCACAUCUUCCAGCAUGUGGGCUGAAAUUGCAAAGCACAUUUGACAAUAUGAGUUAGGGGUUUUCUUGCCCCUUUCCAUGUAAUAAUGGAAUUUUCCCUUUCCAUGUAAUACACCGCAUGUACUUGGAUGCAUGUUGGAAGAGAGUGGGAUCUUCCUGUGCGUAAAGAAGAGCAGAUGCAUUCCUUUCAUUUUCAAGUGGUAGCAGUGUAAGAAGCCAUUCUGGGAUGAACUUGGGAGCURUACACGUUGCACAGUCAAAUUCCUUUCUACAGUGCAUAUUUUUAUAAAUGUUUCUAAGAGAGUUUUUGGGUCUUCUACAAGAUCAGAUACUUAUACUGCUGGUCUGUUAUGUGAUGCUCAGAUCAUCAACAAGGGAAAAAAGAAGAUUGUAUUAAAUACUCUUGAGAAGAGUUUCUCAAAAGUCUUGGAACAUAAAUAGCUGUUCCAAACAAUUGAUUUUUUUUUAAACGAAUUAUCUCCUUAUUCCACUUCCUGACAAGAACAGGAAAAGUGCAUCUGGGAGAUGUGUGGGAGAUUCUGUUCACAGAAGUCUGAAGUGGAUUACUCUGGGGAAAACUAGCACAAGGACCGAAUGGCAAGACACAUCAACUUCUGACCACUAGUGCUAAAAACUGACAGGAGGAGCUCAGCUCAAAACCCUUUAUAAAUGUUUAUCAAGUGCUCACUUGUCUCUUUUCUGAUGGUCAAACACAAGACAUUUUUUUUCUGAUCCAUUCCGCAGCUGUAGAGUUGUCAAAAAUGCCUUUUUCUUUAACAAAAGUGUUAGAAGAUGUUGCCAUAACUGAAAAAUGAAGCAUCAAAUAACAUUUAACAGAGUUUUAAUUAAAAGUCAAGGAAAUGCCAACGGUGGCAAAUUGGAGUACUCRUGAGACAGACAGUCUGAAAGAACUACACUAAAUUAAACUUGACUAGGGGAAACACAGGUAGCUCUACCCAAGCAGUUUCAUUUCCCUUCUUAAGGCAGCUCAAGGCAGGAAUUGUUUUUCUGCGUACAUUUGGCACAGAAAAGGGGCACAUCAGCACUACACUUUUGUGAUCUUCAGGCAGUUGCUGCCAAUUGCUGGAUCGUUGUAGGUUAGGAGCCGGGGCUGCUUGCCUAGUUGUACUCAUCCCACUUAUCUUGGCAAUAUGGGGAGUAAUGGGAGGAUGAAUAAAUGGAAAGAAGAAAAACAGAGGAUGCUAGAAAAUUUCAUCAUCCUGUACUGAAGCACAGGGAUGCCUUCUGUUCCUUUAGAUAGACCACGUGAAGUCACAGGGUAGCAGAGGAUAUAUAGCAUUUUUUGAAGGGCAGAAAAUGGUCAAUUCUGUGCUCCACGUUGGUGCUUUGAAUAUUGCAGUAUGUUUGUCCACAUACAUAUUGCAUCUGGAAUCCAGAACCGAGCAGAAGCUCCUUAGAAAAGCCUUAGCUUUUAGAGAUUUAUUGAGGAUGGAUGGAAAAGAAUGGUCAUGUGACAUGCCCCCUUUAAAAGUAAUGCAGUGUAAAAUGCACUCAUGGUGUGUGCCAUGCCAUGGUGCACCAGCCACACAGCGGCCUGGGGUAGGACGGAGUCUUUGCUCCAAACCCCAGGGUUGUCCUGCCUGGUCCAUAUGUGUCACGGUGACCAAGUCCCCAUCACAGUCUUGUGAAGGAAGCGGCGCUUGAYUUUGCUGCUGGCUCAUAUUCCAAGCAUAAACUAGGAUCUAGUUCCCAUGUCCAGUUAAUGAUAGAUUCCUCCUUGCACCCCUGAGAGCAGAUUUGCUGGGCUGCUCUCCUGUGUGGGCGACGUACCACUUCUCCCCAUGCGCUGCCCCAGAAAAGGAUAUUUAUAAAAUCCAGAAGUACUGUAAUGGGAAUCAUGGAAGAUUUAUUGGUUUGCUAAAUUUGUUACAAUGCCAGGAAAAGCAGCAGAAAAUUAUAGCAUGCAGUGUUUUCCUACAAAAUCACUGAUGUGCAAAAUAAUUUAUUUAUAUUUUUUAUUAUUUGAAUCUGUUAUCUAAAACAAACAAAAAAGCCUUAAGGAGUAGCAGUAUGUGUCACCAGCAUUAUGUAGCAUGUAAAACAUCUAAUACAGAGGAAUGUGCUUGCCUUUUUACGACAAUUUAGGAGGGAUUCAGUAACAACCCUUUAUUAGAACUGGGAAGGCCCAUUUAAAAAUCCAGAAAUGUAAGCCUGAAAAUUGUCCUACUUUGAAUGUACUGUGCUGAGAAAUAGAGGAGAGAGGAUGCAGCAACUGCAGGCUCUCAUUACAAAGGUGCAGGGCGACUCCAGAUUUGUGGGAUUAGCAAUACUUUAAAACAAUUCCCAUGAAUAUGCACCCUCCAAGCUCCGUUCUGCAAAUUGGCAGCUCUGUAGGGAGGCGGUGCUGGGAGCGCAGGGGUGCACAGCAGCAAGGCCCUUGCUGCCUGCAUAGGGGCUGUGCUGGCUGGUGCUAAGAGCCAUUACCUAUGUGCCAGAUUGCUUCCUCUGAGGACAAAAAUCAAUCAAUAGGCAGCUGAAAUGAUCUGUUUUUCCCACUGUGACUCACGUUGCUGCAUGGACUGUCAGCUAUUUUGAGUAAGGCAGGAAUCGUGGGUUUCCACAAAGAUGAGCGAAACAAGCACACGGCAUCUUGAGAUCUCUCAUAAACCAUCAUCCAGAUAUAGCUUGGAAACUCUGCAGUUGUCUUGCAGGAGCUGUGGGUAUAAAAUGCUGACUUUUAAAAGUGCAGCUAAACAGGGAAAGGUAGCAGGCCACAGCACUUUCAGAAGCUAAAUCUUACCAAUAAAGACAAUUAAAACUGUCAUUUUUACUGUGUUACUCAUGGAAGACAAAAUGAUAUAGCCUGUAAUUUAGAGUGUGUAGCAUCUCUUAAUCAUUGGAGUAGCAGCUACUCAGGAACUGUUGUUAUAAUAAUGCAAGCACUGCAGGCUCAGAGACUUUCAAUAACUGCCAAAAACUUGGAAAUAAGUAACAGGCUUCAUGCUACCAUGAUGCUUUUCCAUGGUCUGUGUGCUUUACUUCAGUUGGGCCCUAGGUUGUCCUGCUUUGCUCCAGAGGGAAUUGGCUUGGGAGAUUUGCUGCAUCUCAGAGCAAAUUUAUUGGCAGGCCCGGGGACUUGCUCUUGCUUCCAGCUGACAGGCAGCAAUGGGAUGAGGUCUCUGGGAAGAGCUAGAGCUGGCCAGGAGGACUGCGGCGUAGGACCACACAUGGUUUAAGCCUGGGGUCCUCGGCGUGUCCAGGGGUGCUCCAGGAUGUCAGCGAGAACCUUUGCAUUUCCUGACAAGGCUCAUUUUUCAGCUUGAGUUCAACGUCCUCCGUUGGUGCCACUGCUGUCUCUCCCAAGGGGCAGUUGCAGUCGCUCCGGUUUCCUUUUCUCCUGACAUUUCUCUGUGAGAAAACACUUGAACUGCGACAAAGUGUGCAAGUGUACUUGUAACCUUCCUCCUGAUGAAAAAGGUAGAGAGAUGAAAUUUCAAACUCUGGGURUAACUCUUAGCAGGAAUGCUUUGUAAUGUUUUAUCACCACUAAUCCAAAUUUUUAUAUCAGAGUUACAUUUUCUAGCUACGCUUUUGUAAGUUUGGUUUGUCAGUUCUGACAUAGAACUUUUUAAGGAGCCUUUAAAAAAAUAAUAAAUUAUUAGAAAAAAAGUUUAUACAUAAGAAAAAAAAGACACCUUCAAGUAGCUUUUUAAAUGGACUGCACUAGGACCAAAGAUGUAAUGUCUUAUUUUCUUGCUUUAAAGCAAUACAGUGUUGAUCACCACUUCCACAACAUCCCUUUACAGGAAAAAGCUA